GCCAGGUGUGUCGGGAUGGCUUGGCCCCAGCAUAAAGGUGCAGGGCCGCGCAGUCCUGCACAACGCUCCAACUGCUUGGAGCAUACACCACGUGCAUUCACUCCCCCCUCCCCCAGCUGGCCGGUCCCGCCCCCACCACGCAUUGAGCCAUCAACACUUGCUGCUCGCCCCGGCGAGUAUGAAAACACCGCCAUUCCCUCACAACAAGAGUGUUCCAGUGUUUCAUUCCUGUCGCACAUCCAGUACACCACAGUAACAAGCCAGCCGAUAACAGCGUUUGGCAACUCGCUAGGUGCGCGGCCGCGGCCACCACCGCUCUGUCCCUCCUCUUGUACCCAGUGUGUUUACACUGGUGCGAGAGACAAGAUGGGGCGUGACACUCUUUCUCUGUUUCUGUUCCUCACACUGCUGUCGGCAUCCUCUCUCCACGGGGCUAAGGAUGGGGACGAGGGGAAGGAGACCUGGGGGUACGUCAACGUGCGCCCCGGUGCCCACAUGUUCUUCUGGCUCUACUACACCACCAGCACCACGGAGUACAUCCACAGACCCCUGGUGAUGUGGCUGCAGGGGGGGCCAGGCGCCUCCUCCACUGGUAUAGGCAACUUCCUCGAGAUUGGCCCCAAGACUGCUGACCUCAAGAACAGGACCUAUGCUUGGACGAAGGAGGUGAACGUGCUGUUUGUGGACAACCCAGUGGGCACGGGGUUCAGCUACGUGCAGGACCUCAAGUUGCUGCCCACCAACAACAGUGUCAUCGCCGCAGACCUCGUCACCUUCAUGGCAGGCUUCUUUAAAAAGGUGCCAGAGUUUGAAACUGUUCCACUGUACAUCUUCACUGAGUCCUAUGGUGGCAAGAUGGGGGCACGGUUUGCUCAGGCACUCAGCAAGGCAGUGCAGCAGAAGAAGGUGCGUUGCCAGUUGGCAGGGCUGGUGAUGGGUGACUCCUGGAUCUCCCCCGUGGAUGCUGUGAUGUCUUGGGGGCCAUACCUCUAUGCCACGUCUUUGGUUGAUUCUGCUGGUGAGGGCGCCAUUGACAACAAGACGGCUGAGGUGGCGGCAGCAGUGAAGAAUGGCAAGAUGGCAGACUCCACCAAGCUGUGGGCUGAGGCUGAGGGACUCGUGGAGACAGUAACCAAUGGCGUCAACUUCUACAACAUUCUCAAGACACCUGCACGCGGCAAUGCCUCUGUACAUCACAACCACGUGCUGUCAGUGAUGGCCAGCAGGAACACGUACCGCUUGAAGUCCCCUGAGCUUGAAUACCUGUACAACCACCACGUUGGUCUGCUCUCCAAAGACCUGAGCAAACUGAUGAAUGGACCAAUCAGGGACAAGCUCAAGGUGAUCCCUGUAAACAUCACAUGGGGAGGCCAGAGCAAGCAUGUGUUUGAGGCACUCUCUGAAGAUUUCAUGAACCCUGUUGUCAAGAAUGUGGAGAUGUUACUGAACACAACAUCCCUCAAGGUGGUGGUGUACAAUGGCCAGCUGGACCUGAUCGUCAGCACCCCUGGUGCACAGAAGUGGGUGGAGAACAUGCACUGGGCAGGCACCAAGCAGUGGGUGCAGUCCUCUAGGAAGCCCAUGGUGGAUUCUGAUGGUGGCACUGUGGCCUUCUCUAAGUCUUUCAAGAACUUCACUUUCUAUUGGAUCCUGGAUGCUGGACACAUGGUCCCGCUGGAUGCAGGAGACGUGGCCAUGAGGGUAAUGGAGGAGAUCGUGGGCACCAAGAAGUAGUAUGUGACUUAUACUUCACAGAUGCAUGACAGGCCAUAGCACUGUAGGGGGUAUUGCAGGUGUGUGUGUGUGGUGCUGCAGGGGUGGGCAUUGGACGGGUAGGGCCAGGUGGCUAACAUAACAGCAGUAUUAACCGACUUGCUACUUUUUAUAUUUAUGUAGUGGUCUGUCUAGCAUCUGUUUCCUUGGGAUGGGUUGAGCAAACUGUAGCUAUCUUGUCAACAUAUAGACACAACAGUGCUGCUCGAGUCUAAACUUAUGUGAUAUCUAAAUAUACAGGUAUAGCUUUAGGGAGUCUAUUCUGGUCACUCAUACUGAUGACUGGAUGAGUGUCCUGUGAAUGUAGGAAAGCACCAUUUCUUGUGUAUUGAUUGUGAGUUGUGAGUCAGGGUUGUGAGUGAAUAGUUCGCAAUAAACUAUAUGUGUGGAGGUCCUGAACCAGAGAAAGUAAAUGAAUGCUAAAGCAAAAGAUAAUGGCCAGUAAAACUGUCUACAUAUCAACUUCUGCAACUACUCAGGCACCUCAAAGAUUUAACUUGUGUGACAGUGGUGAAUGAGGAAUUAUAAAUGAUAAACUAUACUUUAGAAAAUUGUAUGAAUAAAUAAGAAUAAACAUUAGGAGAAUUGUCAUAACCAAAUUGGCGGAAGGGUGGGCGGGGCGUGCGGGAUGACACAUCAGAGCACAAAUUCAACUGUAUAGUAUAAAAGAAGGUUGUACGGGAAGCAAUGAAUUUUUUGUGACAUGUCUUUCCACAGGGAGCAUAGAGGCAGAAACAAGCACCAACAAGGCAAAGGUGUCUUGUCUGUAGCUUAUUGCUUGUUGAUGCUUGUGGCAGAUGAAUGAUCAAUGUGAUUACUUUGACAUAUUAUGCAUUAAUAGUGUACGGAUAUUGUUUAAUAAAGGAAUUACAGAA